UAGGCUAUUGCAGAAUGACCUUGUGUUAAGCGUUUGUGGAAGAAGCAAGAUUUAAACAUCAAUUUUUCAAUGUGCAUCAUUCUAUUCAAAUUUGACCCCCGACCAGUUUCAAAAAAUGCAUACAGGCUUAUUCUAGCAGCUAAUAGAGAUGAAUUUUACCACAGACCAUCCAAAUCGGCAGAGUUUUGGGACAGCAGCAAUGAGAUCCUUAGUGGUCUGGAUAUGGAGGAAGGAAAAGAAGGUGGGACAUGGCUGGGAAUAAGUAAGAAAGGCAAGCUGGCAGCCCUGACAAACUAUAUGCAGCCAAAGACUGAUCAAAAUGCAAAAGGAAGAGGUGCUCUUGUGACAAACUUCUUGACUGGAGAUCUGGACAGCUACACUUACUUGAAGAAAGUCUCAGUAGAAGGACAUCUUUACAAUGGAUUUAAUUUAUUAGCAGCUGACUUGAAUACCACCAAAGGAGAUGUAAUUUGCUACUAUGGAAACAAAGGAGAACCAGAACCUGUUUUCCUAAAUGCUGGAAUACAUGGAUUGAGUAAUUCUCUGUUGGAUACACCAUGGAAGAAACUUGAAUAUGGGAAGCAACUUUUUACAGAAGUGGUCAAGAGAAGUCAAGACCUUACCAAAGAAGAAUUGGUGCAGGAGCUUCUCACAGUGAUGAAUAAUCAACAGCCUCAAUUACCAGACCCUGCGAUUGAAGAGCAAGGGAAGGAUUUCAUACGUCCUAUACUAAACGAGUAUGCGGCUAUUUGUGUUCGUUGCCCAGGUUAUGGAACAAGGACUAACACGGUCCUUCUCAUCGAUUCGGAAGGAUGGGUUACUUUCACAGAGCGCAACAUGAUCAGUGUAGAAGACAACCAGUGGAAAACAGGCACCUAUGAAUUCAAGCUGUACACUUAACUUUCCAUUUGAAUUGUCUGUAAUAAAAGCUCUAGUAAAUGUUUUGUGCCAGCUUCCAGAAGCAAAAAAUAGCAAGAAAAUUAAAGGUUUAAAGAAAUUGGUAGCAUACCCUAUCAGGGGUCACAAAUGCUUUGGAUGAAACCAAAAGAAUGUUUUGACAUUAAAUACCAACUUGCAAUCCAAACUAAAUGUUUCAGUAUCACUUUGCCUCUAGGGCAAGGCCAUGUUUGCGCAGGAUGGCAUCACUGCUUUUUGCAGGUGUUCUCAGUUUUGGUUUCUAGGAUGUUUUAACUAGAUUAUUAAACAUCUUUUCGGUUCUGAGGAGAAACAUUUGCUGCCUUUAUGGUUCUACCUGGAGGUUUUAUCAAAUGGGCACUUUUCAGAUUGUGUAACUUAUGCCAGUGUGUGUUAAAUUAAUGUAUCUUAUCUUUAUAGCAUUAAAUCCUUUAGCAACAAACUUUUCAGCAGUGCCAUGGUGCAGUGUUGUGCCUGGGGAGGGCAGAGCAUGGGAUGUUCUUUCCAUUUGUUUUCCUAGAUAGUAGAGCAAUAGAGUUUGGUUGAUUUUUUUUUUUUUUCUAAAACCUGAUUGAGAGUAGAUAGGAAAUUUAGUUCAGUCUGAUCACUCUUGGUCAAAGACUCGUGGGAGCAGACUUGCUUAUCUCUGAGUGGAAUAAAAUCAUUUAUAUCGUGCCAUCUUAUUUCCUGAUAGUCUAGUUAGCAAUAUCAGUUUUCUUAUCUUCUGCCGCAGCAGACAGAUAAGUAAUUCAUCAAACAGAAGCCAAAUAUGAAGUUUACAUAUCUUGGCUGUUUUGUACAUGUGCAAUAUUGGCUUCAUGUCUUUAUUGGUAUAAUAUGUUAAAGCCUGGAGUGAUUGCUCAUAGAUUUUUAGUAAAAAUAGCUAUUUGUUGUAAGGUGACAUUAUUAUAGUCUUCUAUUGCUGAAAGAGUUGGGUAUUAAGAUGCACUUCAUACGUUCUGACAUCUGUGAAUUAAAAAGCUAUUUAAAUGCAUGCUUUUUUUUUUUUUUCAAUUAUUCAGUGCCAGUGUAGGUGGUAGAAGAUUGUAGCUGAUACUAAGAUCUUUUAAAGCCCUAAGUUAUUUUGCUGCCAUUGGUGUUCUGUUAUGACUUAUUUUGAAUGCUGAAUGUAAAGUUACUAAUGCAGACUGCAGGUUUUUUUCUCUAUAUAUGCUGAAGGUAUUCUUUUUACAAGCCUCUGUUUAAUUAUUACAAAGUAGCAAGAUUUCUACCACUCCUGACAAGCAUGUGCAAUUAUUCCUCUGUAACCAAGCUUGGGUGUUUCUGUAAUAGAGACAGCAGUAAAUUAGACUUGCCAUUGAGGUAAAGUACUGUGAAAGGCCAUUCCCAGAUUUCUAAUUGCCAGGAGAUGUUAAAGCAGCAUUUAGCCAAUUAAUUCGUUGUAGUUGCAUAUUUAAAUAGUUUCUAGAUACCAGGACUCCUUGCAUGGUUAGCCAUAGGUUGCUGGUUCAGUGCUAUAUAAAUGACUUUUUGACCACCUUGAUUGCAAGAUGAUCCAUGUAGUCUUCUUGGGUUGUACAUGGUUACAAACUUGGAGCUUUCCAGCCUGUCUUUCUGAGAUGUAGGAAGAAGUGCUUACCCCUCUUGUAUUUUUUUGAUGACUGUUUAAACCAUAUAUUAAUACAAAUAAAAGUUAUUGUAACUUUUAGAUGCAGAGAAAUAGCUAUGGCUGUCUUCAAUUUGAAUUUGACAAAUGCAUAUUUAAAACCAAAACUCUGCUUCAAUGGCUUGCUCCUACUGGGAGUUUGCAUCGCAAACUUCUUUAUACCUUACGAAAAAAAUGACCAGAGUGUAUUUGAGCAAGACAUUCUCUUUGAAGACAUUACCUAAAUGGCAAGCAUAGUGUUUGCAUGCCAUGUCAUGCUAAGAGCAUUUAUAAGCCUUAGUUUUUACAGUAGUCUUGUAAUAAUAAAAGAUUAUCUUUUUACACAUAGGUAAAAGAAAAGCAAGUCAGUUUAGAUUUAAACCAAAUGAUGAUAACGUAUUUUGCUUUGCUUAAAUAAAAAUUCUAAAUUUGGGAUUUGCAUUUUCCAACAAUUAAAAUAAAGAACCAAAGCCUCUGAUGUUACUUUGUAUUAUGUCAGAAUAGUUAAUAAAGUGAGGUGCAGUUUUACCUUUUGAAGCUUAGGAGAGUUUUGUCAUUCCCUUCAUUGGAAACAGGAACAGGACUGCAGUGCAGAUAGCAGCAAAUGGUCAUAUCAAAUAUUUGUGAAGUGCAUAAUUUAGUGUGUUCAAAUUAUAGUUGCAGUAAAUCCAGUGGAAAAAGUAAACUCUAGCUAACAUAUUGUAUUUUUCUAUAAUUAUUUUUUUAAGAAUAAAAGGGCAAAUAUCAGGUUUAAGGAAUAUGAAGGAAAAAAGUGUAAAUAGGGAACGAUUGCAUGGCAUUCUUGUUAAGUUUGCUUAUCUAUAACAUCUUUUAUAUGUUAUAUGUUUGCAAGAUUUUUGUUUCCUGUCUGUAAAAAUGGUGGUGGAAGAAAUUUUAAAAUAUCUGUAUAAAUUCAGUUAUAUUUUUUCUUUUAAAUUAUUUCAGAAUUGUUGUUUAUAUGUGUAUUCAUAACUAGACUCAGAACAAAGUGUAUCUGGUAAACAGUCAACAUUAAUCAACUGUGCAUUUUUGCACAUAGAUUUAUGUAACUUUGUGUAAUAAGGUGAAGUAAAAUCUUUCAUGAGGUAUUAGCAA